UUGAAACUUUCGGGAGGCGAUAAAAGUCACAAAUUUUCAUCUCAAAAUUUUGUUGGUCUCUUCUUCUUACAUCUCUUGGACUCUCUCUCUCUCAUCUUAAUUUUCGAAACCAGAGAUCAGUAAGUUCUGAAAGUCAUCGUCACCGCCGACUAGGUCUUCUACAUCGAGAAUGGAGAACUUGAUAUCUCUGGUCAACAAACUACAGAGAGCUUGCACUGCUCUAGGCGAUCAUGGCGAAGAGAGCGCUUUGCCCACUCUCUGGGACUCUCUUCCUUCCAUCGCCGUCGUCGGUGGCCAGAGCUCUGGGAAGUCUUCAGUGCUUGAGAGCAUUGUUGGGAAGGACUUUUUGCCUCGUGGAUCAGGAAUUGUUACUCGACGUCCUCUUGUCCUACAGCUUCAUAGGAUUGAUGAAGGAAGAGAAUAUGCAGAAUUCAUGCACCUCCCAAGAAAGAGGUUCACAGAUUUUGCUGCUGUGAGGAAGGAGAUCGCCGAUGAGACUGAUCGAGAGACGGGCCGCUCAAAACAGAUUUCAAGUGUUCCAAUUUAUCUUAGUAUUUAUUCCCCCAAUGUUGUGAACUUGACACUAAUUGAUCUUCCCGGGCUUACAAAAGUUGCUGUUGAGGGCCAGUCUGAUAGCAUUGUGCAGGACAUUGAGAAUAUGGUUCGGUCCUAUAUUGAGAAGCCCAACUGUAUAAUUCUUGCAAUUUCUCCUGCCAAUCAAGAUCUUGCUACCUCCGAUGCAAUUAAGAUUUCUCGUGAAGUAGAUCCCAAAGGAGAGAGGACAUUUGGAGUUUUAACAAAGAUUGAUCUUAUGGACAAGGGUACUGAUGCAGUCGAGAUCUUGGAAGGAAAGGCAUUUAGGCUACAGUUUCCUUGGAUUGGUGUUGUUAAUCGAUCUCAAGCGGACAUUAACAAAAACACUGAUAUGAUCGCUGCUCGGCGUAGGGAGCGAGAGUACUUUGCCAAUACCCCAGAGUACAAGCAUCUUGCUCACAGGAUGGGUUCUGAGCAUUUAGGAAAGAUUCUUUCAAAACAUUUGGAACAAGUUAUCAAGUCUCGAAUCCCAGGCCUUCAGUCUCUCAUUAGCAAAACCAUCAUUGAUAUAGAAACGGAGUUGAGCCGACUUGGGAAGCCUGUUGCCACUGAUGCUGGAGGCAAACUAUACAUGAUUAUGGAAAUCUGCCGUAUUUUUGAUGGAAUAUUCAAAGAACACCUUGAUGGCGUACGCCCUGGUGGUGAUAAAAUCUAUAACAUAUUUGAUAAUCAACUUCCUGCUGCUUUAAAAAGGUUGCAAUUUGACAAGCAGCUUGCAAUGGACAAUGUACGAAAGCUAAUUACUGAAGCUGAUGGAUACCAACCUCAUUUAAUAGCCCCUGAGCAAGGUUACCGCCGUCUCAUUGAAUCUUCACUAAUUACUAUUAAAGGCCCUGCUGAGGCAGCGGUUGAUGCGGUUCAUGCCGUCCUGAAGGAACUUGUUCACAAAUCAAUCAACGAGACUAUGGAGCUAAAGCAGUAUCCCACUCUUAGAGUGGAGGUUGCAAAUGCAGCAUGUGAAUCGUUGGACAGGAUGAAGGAAGAAAGCAAAAAAGCAUCUCUACAACUAGUAGAAAUGGAGUAUAGCUACCUGACAGUUGAUUUUUUCCGAAAGCUUCCUCAAGAUAUUGAUAAGGGUGGAAAUCCAACGCAUUCAAUAUUUGAUAGGUACAAUGAGGCGUACCUUAGACGAAUUGGAACAACUGUCUUGUCUUAUGUCAAUAUGGUUUGUGGAAGUUUGAGGCACUCCAUUCCGAAGUCCGUCGUCUAUUGUCAAGUGCGUGAGGCCAAGCGUAGCUUACUCGACCAUUUCUUUACUGAUUUGGGUAAAAAGGAGGCGAAACAGUUGGGCUCAUUGUUGGAUGAGGAUCCAACAAUAAUGCAGCGACGUAUAAACCUUGCGAAGAGACUUGAGCUCUACAGAUCUGCCCAAUCAGAGAUUGAUGCAGUUGCCUGGUCUAAGUAGAGUCAGUAAUCGGAGGGCUGUGAUUAUUUGAUUGAUGACCUGAUUUUUUAUACGUCAGUGGAAGGGAAGGGCCGAUCAUGAUUUGCCUCUGUAUUUUUUAUUACACUCGGAAAAGAUUGACACGAUGAGUUAUAUUGUAUCAACAAUAUUACACUGGUAUUUGGAAACUGAAUUUGCAUUCUUACUGGGCACUUGUGUUGUAGAAUGCUUUGGACAUGAAUGUUAUGAAGGCGACAAGUAGAGGGCUCUCGAUUCUACUUUUAUUUCUUCUGU